AUGGUCUCCGGACCCUUUCAACUGCCCCCUGACCGGCCGAUACCUGGAGGACUGGAGCAGCCCUCGCUCUCACGCCGCAUCUCCUGCUGCCACGAGCAUGACGGCCGCGAGUCGACGACGGUGGAGGUCUCGUCUCACGCGAGUGGCACUCCUGCAGGCCGAGAGGUGGUGCGCAUCACCACCCGGUACACUCCUCCGCCGCCCUGGAAGCCGCGCAGUUCUCGUCGGAGGCGGCGUAGGGAGAAGGGAGAGAAGCGGAGGGGAGAAGCAGAAGAAGGCGAGGCGCUGAGAAGGCCGGUCUGGAGUGUCUUGCGGGCUUUUCUGGCCAAGUUGCUUGCCUUCUAG